AUGUUGUCAAGAUUCGUCUCAAGAUGCAAUGCAUCAUUGGUCAGAAACUAUUCGACCUCUCACUUUAUGACCAACAACACAACUACAUUCCCAACUGGUCACUUUGAGAAGUACAAGACUGAGCCACAGACACUCGACCCAGAGGGACGCGGUUACUCCUACCUGGUGGUUGGUGGCGCUGCCGCCGGUCUGGCCGCGAUGGCCAAGAACACCGUCGUCUCCGCUCUGUCGACAAUGUCGCCAGGUCAAGAUAUUCUGGCGCUGUCCUCCGUGGAGAUCGACCUGUCCUCGAUCCCCGAGGCCACCGCCGUCACUUUGAAGUGGCGUGGAAAGCCUCUGUUUGUGCGUCAUCGCUCUGCAGAGGAGAUCGCCUUGGCCCAAUCGGUCGAUGUCAGCUCCCUUGUCGAUAAGGAGGCAGACAACGUUCGUGCCAAGGACCCAGAGUGGGUCAUCCUGAUUGGAGUGUGCACACAUUUGGGUUGCAUCCCCAUUGCUGGAGGUGGUGACUUUGCCGGCUGGUACUGUCCAUGUCACGGCAGUCACUAUGACAAUGCCGGACGUAUUCGCAAGGGUCCAGCUCCACAAAACCUCAUCAUCCCACCAUACAAGUUCAUUGGACCACAACAGAUCAUUGUUGGAGACGAAUAA